UCAGCAAUAGACGUGUACAAACAACUAUAUAACCAAUCGUUGCCCCGCUCAUAGACUGUCAUUUUCGUUUCUCCUUUCCUCUUCAUCAAUCUUGCCUGUCUCUCUCUGUGUCUUCUUUUUCGCCGUGCAUAGAUUUGUCAAGUUAUUGACCUUCUUAUUCCUAGACUAUACACCAAAUGUCUGCCGACCAGCGUCCUGCUCCCCUCCGCCUGGGCAGCACUGCCCCCAACUUUGAUGCCGACACCACUCACGGUCGCAUCAACUUCCAUGACUUCAUUGGUGACAAAUGGGUCGUUCUCUUCUCGCACCCCGAGGACUACACUCCCGUCUGUACCACUGAGCUCGGCGCCUUUGCAAAGCUCGAGCCUGAGUUCACCAAGCGCGGUGUCAAGCUGAUUGGUCUCUCCGCCAACACCAUCGACAGCCACAGUGGUUGGAUCAAGGACAUCAACGAGAUCUCCGACGUCAACCUCAAGUUCCCCAUCAUUGGUGACAAGGAGCGCAAGGUUGCCUAUCUCUACGACAUGCUCGACUACCAGGACACCACCAACGUCGAUGAAAAGGGCAUUGCCUUCACCAUCCGCUCGGUCUUCAUCAUCGACCCCAAGAAGACCAUCCGUCUCAUCCUGUCCUACCCCGCUUCCACUGGCCGCAACUCGGCCGAGGUCCUCCGUGUCAUCGACUCGCUCCAGACUGGUGACAAGCACCGUGUCACUACCCCCAUCAACUGGCAGCCCGGUGAGGACGUCAUUGUCGCCCCCAGCGUCAAGGACGAGGAGGCCAAGACUCUGUUCCCCAAGUUCCGCUCGGUCAAGCCCUACUUGCGCUUCACUCCUCUGCCUCAGGAGAACAGCAGCGCCCACACGCCCUCGACCAAUCUCUCUGGCCUAGUCUGUAACGUCCAUCGCACAACAGGCAAUGAGCCUCACUCUUUGGUUGGUGCCACGACAACCAUUCUUGGCGAUAAGCUCUACGUCUUUGGUGGUCGUCGGUUAUCUGGCAGGAGAGCACAAAUGACUUCAGACCUUUACGAAUUGGAUCUUAUCAAACGUCACUGGACUAAGAUUGAGGCCUCUGGGGAUAUUCCAUCGCCACGCUAUUUUCACAGUGUCUGCGCCUUAGGAGACACGAAGCUGGUCUGUUAUGGAGGCAUGUCAACCCCCUCAAUACAGCAGCAACAGCAGCAGAGAUCGCCUGGUGCUGCGGGUCCAGAGGAGCAGCCGCAGCCAGAAGUGAUUGUCAAGUCGGAUGUUCACAUCUACGAUGUACCAACACGGACGUGGUCUGCCAUUGCAACAGACGGAGCCCCACAAGGACGAUAUGCGCACUGCGCCUGUAUCCUGCCGUCCUCUGGCACAUACACUUCGGCGGACGCGCCUCUCUCGUCAAUGCAUCACAAUGUUCCGUCAUCAAACCAGCCGCACUCGGGCACGCUGGGCGUGUCACUCGAUGGUGCUGGGGGCGCUGAAAUGGUCGUUGUGGGCGGUCAGGACAAUGCCAACCAUUACAUUGAGCAAGUGAGCGUGUUCAAUCUGCGAAGUCUAAAGUGGACCGCAACGAGUCCGCUCGGGAGGAGCUGUGGUGCAUAUCGAAGUGUUGUAGCUCCGCUUCCCAACAUGUCCGCCGCACAGCUUGGUGCCGGAGACGCCUCCGGCGCACAAUCGAGCGAGGAAAUCGAGAAUCCAGUCCAAGAAGGCUCUCCAAUGCUCGUCUACUCCAACUACAAUUUUUUGGACGUCAAACUCGAGCUACAAGUCCGUUUGCCAGAUGGCACGUUGGUGGAGAAACCGAUGCAAGGAUCAUUUUCUCCACCUGGUUUGCGGUUCCCCAACGGUGGCAUCAUCAAUAAUCAUUUCAUUGUCAGUGGAACCUUUCUCACUUCAUCCAAGCAAGAGUAUGCACUUUGGGUUUUGGAUUUGGCCACGUUAACGUGGAGCCGCAUCGAUGCUGGAAGCAGCAUCUUCAAUCAAGGCAGUUGGAACCGUGGAGUCCUGUGGAGUCGACGAAACACAUAUGUAAUCUUGGGCAACCGGAGAAGGAAUCUUGUAGAUGAUUAUCACCACCGCCGUAUAAACUUUUCGAAUAUUUGUCUAGUAGAGCUCGAAGCGUUUGGACUCUACGAUAACCCGCGCAAGGCAGGCCCUCUCUCGAGGUAUAUUUCGGCGAGCUCCCCCGGCAUACCUGCCACGAUUCCUGAGCGCGGCGGCAAGACCGAUUGGAUGAAUAAUGGUCGGCCACAGUCGAAAGCCGCAGUCGAACUUGGCCAGAUGGCCCUGUCCCUGCGGGAAAUGGCAGACAUGGAUCUUGUCGCCCUUGGCGGCGAGCGCGUGCCUGUCAAUUCUCGCCUCAUUGCUCGUCGUUGGGGUCCAUACUUUAAUCAUCUCCUGUACCAGGCCGCCGUGGCUCAGACGAUGCCGAUAAUGGAGAAUAACAACAACACCCUUCAUCCUCAAUCUCAUCUUUCACACCCGUCCCGGAACUCUAGCAUCACCAUUACCCCAAGCAUCGGCGGCGUCUCGUCGUAUUCUGCUGCGACCACACUGGCCGGUGGUGACGAACAGCCGCCAGGUUCAAUGUUUUGUCUCAACCCACGAUUGAGCGUUUUCCCUCCUAACCCUCAAUCUCUCCCGCCCUGGAUCCGAGUUCGAACACUCUAUCUCCCUCACACACAUCUCACCCUCCAAGCGCUGGUCCAUUAUCUCUACACAUCUGCCUUACCUCCGCCCAGCUCUUCACUUUGCACGCCGCAGAUUCUCUGCUCUAUUCUCCAACUCGCCCGUCCAUACCAAAUCGACGGCCUGCUGGAGGCGACCGUUGAGCGACUUCAUCAGAUUCUCAACCAGCGCAACGCUGCCGCUGUAUUCAAUGCCGCCGCCAUUGCCGCCGGCAGUGGACGUGGCGUAGGUCUCGGACGCAGUGACAACAAUGUCGACAAUAAUGAAGCGCCCGUCUCUACCUCGAACACCACCACGGCAGGUGGCACUCCUUCCCUUGGUAAUAAUGCAAACUCUACCGCUCCAGAUUGCGAACAACGCACCCCUGAACGCCGGCUUGCCCGAGACCGGGAGCGGCGCAGGCGACUAGGCGGCACCGCCAAUCAUCCUUCUGCCGGUACCGACGACGACGAACCAUAUAUAUGGCAAGGCGAACCCAGCGCCGUCAUUGGUCUGCAUAAACGUGGUCUGCGUGGAUUAAUGGAAGGCCGCCGCAUGCGUGAGCGCGGACGAAGUUUAGGUCAGGCAAGCGCGCCAAAUAAUAUGGUCCUUCCCGGUGGUCAACAGGCUCCCUAUGGCGGUGGUAGCAAUGCACCUGUAAGUAAUGGGAUAAGUCCUGGUGGUGGACUGAGCGCCACAACCGCAGCAUCAUCAUCAUCAUCAUAUUUCCCUCAUCCCGCCCAGCAGGCAGCGCCUUCUCAAGCGCAUUACCAAGUUUUCCCCAGCAGUAGUAUCAACCAGCAAUCCCACAGCCAUGUCGGUGGUCAUCCUAGUGCCAGCGCUACGGCUGCGCCGGCCACGAAUGGCAAUGUUCCCGGACAGAAUUCCCAACAUCAGCAUUAUUACCCCUCUUCGUCAUCUGCUGAGCGCAUUGGACUGGGCAUAGUAUAGUAUAGUAGAUUAGGCUCAUAUUUUUCUUUCCGCCUUUAUACUCGGUCCUUUUUUUUUUUUUUUUUUU